AUGGACGCCGCGCCGCGCUUUCCUCGGCAUGUGGAGCUGCCGCAGCCAGUGCCACGCGGUCUGUUGCAGACACCGCCGCUGACAAUGCGGGCCGAAGAGCAAAUCUUUGGCACCGCAUGCCUCCGACUGGUGGGCGCGGCAAUCUGCAUUGGGCCAAGAGGUAGUCGUGUCAGGGUUCGCCAGCAACUUCGAAGACGACAUCAGCCAGUUGAGGUGGAGGAUAUGUUGACAAAGGCUGCCCACUCGCUCGGGGUGCAGAAGUUGAAGCCAUAUCAGCGUGCAGUGGUUGAGGCCAUUGUGGCUGGCAAGGACUGCUGUGUCCUCAGAGCCACCGGCAGCGGGAAGUCGCUUUGUUUCCUGCUUCCAGCAAUCUUGACUGGAAAGAUUGUCAUCGUGGUGAGCCCCCUUGUGGCACUCAUGAAAGACCAAGUGUCGCAGCUGAACAAAGCUGCCCAGGAAUCAGGUCUGCAAUUGAAGGCAUGCUUCCUGGGCUCAGGCCAUCAGGACUUGCAAGAAAGAUGGAACAUGGAUGAAGCUGCCAUACAAGGAAAGUACAACGUGGUCUACUUGACCCCGGAGAAGCUCAUUGAUAGCAGCAACCUGCUGCGACGGCUUCGGCCGCUGUACGCUGACGGACGCCUCGGCUUGCUUGCAGUUGAUGAGGCACAUUGCGUGUCCGAGUGGGGUGGGGAAUUCAGGCCGAGCUAUCGAGAUCUCGGCUUUUUCCGUGAGGAUUACCCAAAAGUGCCCAUCAUGGCGUUGACAGCCAUCAAAACUCGGGCAGUCCAGGAGGAUAUCCAUGAAUUCUUGCGGCUUCGGCAGCCGAAGGAGUCGGUUGGGUCCGCCUAUCGCUCGAACCUUUUCCUCAAGCGUUCCCUUCCACAAAAAGAUGAUUUGGAUCGAAUCGCAGAAGAAAUACGGCGGGUAAGUGGGCGAGUGAUCAUUUAUGUAAAGCGGCGCGAUGCUGCAGAAGAAGUGGGUGAAAGGCUGCAGGAACUGCUGGACGGAUCCGGCAUCACUGUUGGGAUCUACCAUGCCAAAAUCCAGCAGUUCCAGCGUGACAAAGCUCAUGAAGAGUUCUCUUCUGAUGGAGCCCGCGUUAUGGUCGCGACUGUUGCUUUUGGCUUGGGCGUGCACUUUCCGGACGUCCGUCGCGUAUACCAUUUGGGGGCUCCAUCUACUGUUGAAGAAUAUUUCCAGCAAAUCGGCCGCGGUGGCCGCGACGGAAAGAGCUCCAGCUGCGAGAUCAUCGGCAGCGACGCCGACUUUGCCCGCCGACCGGAACGCAGCUCUGCAGUGGAGGAGUGGGAGAAAAAGUCCACAGAAGCCAUGCGCCACCUACUGUACAAUGGGCGGUGCCUUUGGAAAACCAUGCUGGAGUACUUCGGAGAGGAGGUCCGGAGCGUUUGGGCAAUGCUGUGGAAGCUGCGACGCUUGCAAGUCUCAGGACAAUCUGGCCGACAUCACUAUCCCUGCCUCCCUCCUCCUGGAGGCCCUUCAAGCGUGCGAGGAUCAUGGGAUUCGGACGACGCUGACCAAUCUCCUUGA